AUGAGCCCCGGGCAGAGCCUGGGAAGCAGGAAGGAGACUCCUCACAUGACUCUGCGAAUCCUCUUUCUCCCCCUUCGUGGGUUGCCAGCUCCAGAUAGAGCGCAGCAGAAAUGCAGAGGAACCGGGGCCCAGCGUGGGCCAGGAGGGCCCUGGUGCUCAGCAUCCUGGGAGCCAUAGGACCCCUGCCUUCCCCGGGAGCCUCCCUGCCUCAGCGUCUCCCAAGGGCCACAGGAAACAGCACCCAGUGCGUGCUUUCCCCCUCGGCCGAGUUUCCCGAAGGGUUUUUCACACCGCAGGAGCGUGCAGACGGCGGUGUGGUCAUCUACCUCCUCAUCAUCCUUUACAUGUUCCUGGCCGUGUCCAUCGUCUGUGACCAGUACUUUCUGCCCGCCCUGGAGAUCAUCAGUGAAACCCUUGGAUUAUCUCAGGAUGUGGCAGGCGCGACGUUCAUGGCAGCGGGGAGCUCAGCUCCUGAGUUGGUGACCGCUUUCCUGGGUGUAUUCAUCACAAGGGGGGACAUCGGCAUUAGCACUAUUCUCGGAUCUGCCAUCUAUAAUCUCCUUGGCAUCUGUGCAGCCUGUGGCUUGCUCUCUAACGUGGUCUCACCACUGUCCUGCUGGCCUCUGUUCAGGGACUGCACAGCGUACACUGUGAGCGCGGCAGCACUUUUUGCCAUAAUAUUUGACAACAAAGUUUACUGGUAUGAAGGAAGUACACUGCUUUUGAUAUACGGACUCUACGUUUUGGCGCUGAGUUUUGACAUUAAAAUCCGGCAGUGCGUUCUGAGAAAAUGCGACGCUAGCUGCCCCUGUCUGGCUGGCGCUAUGGAGGACAGAGGUGCACAGGCGCUGAUGGACUGGGAAAACGAGGGCCAGCCGUUCAUCCGCCGCCGGUCGAGAACCGACAGCGGGAUCUUUUAUGAAGACUCAGGCUACUCCCAGCUCUCCUUAAGUCUGCAUGGUCUCAGCCAGGUUUCAGAAGAUCCACCAAGUGUUUUCCACAUGCCUGAAGCAGACUUUAAAAGAAUUUGCUGGGUAUUAUCCCUUCCUAUCAUUACAUUACUUUUCCUAACAAUACCAGAUUGUCGAAGAAAGUUUUGGAAAAACUACUACAUGAUCACCUUCCUCAUGUCUGCGCUGUGGAUAUCAGCAUUCACCUACAUCCUGGUUUGGAUGGUCACUAUAACUGGGGAGACUCUGCGGGUCCCUGACACCGUGAUGGGCCUCACCCUACUGGCUGCAGGAACUAGUAUCCCAGACACAGUCGCAAGCGUGCUGGUGGCCAGAAGAGGGAGAGGAGACAUGGCGAUGGCCAACAUUGUGGGGUCCAACGUGUUCGACAUGCUGUGCUUGGGUGUUCCCUGGCUCAUUCAAACUGCAUUCGUAAACACAUCCACCCCCGUGGGAGUGAACAGCAGAGGACUCACCUACAUCACCAUCUCCCUCACCGUCUCAAUUAUUUUUCUCUUUCUAGCAGUUCACUUUAAUAAUUGGAAACUAGACCGGAAGUUGGGUGUAGUCUGCCUAUUACUGUACCUGGGGCUUGCUACACUAUCAGUUCUAUAUGAACUUGGAAUCAUUGGAAAUAAUAAAAUAAGGGGCUGUGGGGAUUGAUUUUAUUAAUAGUGUUAUGUGGAAAAUGGGAAUGGGAGAACACAGAAGAAAAAAUCCCUUUCUUCAUUUAAGUCAAAUAAAAACAUCCUGAACUUUAUAAUCUAA